AUGUUUCUGGCAGAGGCCGUGUUUCGGAUACGACAACAGUCAAAAACGAUCUCGUACUCAGCACGUCACGAAAACAGUUGCGUACAAGGCUUGAAGCUAACUUCAGAGAAACCUGAGGCACGGUCAACUGUGGCGGCACUCUCAAGAAGGGUUUGGAGCCUCCGCGACGAGGGCGCAUACUCAAUUCUCGAGCGAGCAAACCAUUUAGACAGGCAUGCAACAAGCACCGCAGACAAGAUUAUCCACUUGGAAAUAGGUCAGCCUUCAGCUGCGCCUCCGCAACACGUCGUUGACGCACUUAUCAACGCUGUCCAAAGUGGAGAAACGAAGUACACAGACCCGGCUGGCACGCUGAAGCUUCGCGAAGCCAUAUGUGCCUACAUUGAAAGAACGCACCAGCUAAAACACGGCACCCUGAGUCCUAAUAUGGUCGUCGUUGGCCCAGGAGCGAAACCGGGAAUAGCUCUCUCGUGUCUGGCGCUUUUGGAACCUGGUGACGAGGUUCUCGUUCCAGACCCGGGGUUUCCAGCGUAUCGAGCACUGAUUGAGGUAUGUGGAGCUCGCGCUGUAACCUAUACUGUGUCAUCAGAGUUUGGAUUGCUCGAUCCAGCGGAAAUCUCUGCUAAAAUCACGCAGAAAACGAAGCUUUUGAUCCUGAACUCUCCGAGCAAUCCGACCGGUGGUGUUUUAUCCCCAAAGACUUUAAAGGAACUGGAACAUGUUCUAAAGAGUUGCGGCAGCGAUAUAUGGAUUUUAUCUGAUGAGAUAUAUGCGCGAUGGUUCUACGAAGACAGACAGAUCGAUGAUGAGGCUGCAGGACACGUAUCAAUCUUUUGUGACGAUGAACUUCGAUCUCGAACUAUCCUCAUCGAUGGCCUUUCCAAGUCAUUCUCAAUGACCGGGUUUCGCAUCGGGUACGCAGUCGCUCCGGCGUUCCUUGCGGAGCGGCUCCGGCUCCUUGCAGUGCAUAUCUAUGGAUGCGUCGCGAACUUCACCCAAAGCGCGGCUACGACGGCUUUUGUUGAACAGGAAAAGAGUGAUGCAUAUAUUCGGAGUCUGAUCGAAAUGUAUCGAAGGAACAGAGAUCUAACUUACGAAACGCUCUCCAUCAUGAAGGGGUGCUAUCUGGCGAAACCUCAGGGUGCUUUCUACGCAUGGCUAGAUGUAUCCGCGUACGGGAUACCGACACCAGAUUUGGCGCGGUACUUGUUGGAACACGGCAGAGUAGCUGUUCUCCCGGGAACGGAUUUCGGAUCUCAGGGAGAGGGAUUUUUGCGGAUCAGUUUUGUAUGCGAUCAGGCCGAGCUACGCGAAGGCCUUGGAAGGUUGGAUAUUGCCCUGCGAAAAAUCGCUCCAUCAGGAAUACAGCAGAAACUCAAACAAAAUUAG